GAUGCUUGCAGGAAAAGAAGAAAAGCCACCUCGACUUACAAGAGUAAUCUCACUUUCAAGCUUAGUCAAAUCGCGGUAAUCUUGAGAGCGAAUAACUGCCUGAUUAUUUAAGAAGCACCUUCUCUGACACCUUCAAAAUGAAAGAGCCACCCAAAGUCGAAAAAGGAAAGAAGAUCUUACCUCAAUAUGCUUUUGGCAAUUCUCUCGAAUCACCUUCCUUCUUUCGUAAUCCCAACACUUUGAUUUGUAGGGAAAGCUAUGAUAAUCCAUUCCUAAAAGUCAGAGCUAAACCUCAUAGUAAAUGGGAAACUCUGCGAAGUAGCACUCUCAACAAUUUUGAAUUUUAUAAUGUUUCUGAAUAAAAAUUUGCUAAUCUUCCAAAUAAAGGAUACAAAAAUGUUAAAUUAGUAAAGUAAUAUCUUUAUCAUUUAUUUAUAGUACUGUAACUAACUAAGUACAUUAUGUAUAGACUCCUCAAAUUAAAAGAGAAGAACCUACUUUUCAACUUGCCUAUAGAACAUUAUAAUAGAAGACAGGUCUUUUUGGCAGAAAGAAUGGUAUAUAUCAUAUAUAGAUUUUGAUAGAAUUAUUUACAGAUUUCAUUGAAAAGAAUGAUAAUCAAAAUGUUUAUGGCCAUUUGAAUGAUAGACAAAGACCAAAAGGACGUUUGAGAGAUGUUAAGAAUUUCAGUUUCACACCAUAAGAAUUCUAAAUUUAUAAAAAAAGGGCUAGUCAUUAUCUUAAUUCGAGUCCUAGCAAAGGAUUAUAAAAAUCAGAUGUGCCAAUCUUCAAUUAUAAUUAAUAGAAAAAAGAUUAAUAAGUUGAAAGGUAUUAUUCAAGAGAUUAAAGGUAUAAAUAUAUUUUAAAUUUGAUAGUUAUCUCAAUUCACUUAACAAUUCGAUUAUUGUAACUUAAAUAGACAAACAAUUAAAAAGAAAGAAAUAAGAUAGAUAUAAGUAUUAAUAUAUAUAAACAUAUACAAAGUGCUGAUUUAAAGAUAUUGGAUUAUCGAGAAAAUGAUAUUGAAUUGAUUGACAAAUUUGAAGAACAUUUAGAGUUUGAAAAAUUAUAUGGAAAUUGA